AUGGCCGACGCAGAGGCCGUGGCAAAGGCGUUCUGCGAGCACUACUACAACACCUUCGCCACCAACCGCCAGGCGCUGCACUCGCUUUACCACGCCUCAUCCGUCAUGACCUUCGAGGGCGCCAAGUGCCAGGGCCAGGACCAGAUCGUGCAGAAGCUCACCAGCCUGCCCUUCGCGCAGGUCAAGCACCAGAGGGACUCGUUGGACGUGCAGCCGUCGCCGGGAGGUGGCAUACUGGUGUUCGUGACGGGGAAACUCAUGACCGAGGGACAAAGCAACCCGACGCGUUUCAGCCAAACCUUCCACUUGGCGCAGAUGGGCCAAUCCUUCGUGGUGACCAACGGUGGGUGA